AUGGCAAGACUCUUUGACUUAUCUAUACUAAUUACAUCGAACCUCAGAGAUCGUGUUUUGAGCGUACUCGUCGCACUUCUAGGACUCCUCGGGUUAUGCUAUGGUGAAUCAGUGAUGGAAUAUGGAGCGGUUGGGGAUGGAAUUGCAGAUGAUACAUCUGCGUUCCAAAAGGCGUGGGACGAUACUUGCAAGGGAAGAUCCAAUAUGGGAAGUGUAUAUGUACCAGCAGGGAAGACGUUCCUGCUCAACUCCCUCCACUUCACCGGUCCUUGCAAUCCCAAACCGAUCAUUUUCAUUAUCGAUGGAGAUAUGAUAGCGGAAAGUGAUACAAAGAAGUGGCAAAAAGAUGAGAACGAGAUCAUACCGUGGCUCAUAUUCGAUCAUGUGGAAGGACUUGUAAUCGCGGGACGCGGCUUGUUAGAUGGCCAAGGCAAAGCAUGGUGGGAUAUUCAUUGUAGAGACCAUCCAGGACCAAUGAUGACAUUUAGCAAUUGUGGAAAUGUAACAUUGAAGAGUUUGAGAUUGAGAAACAGUGCACAAACACAUGUUCUUAUAAUGGGAAGCCAAAAUGUGUAUAUCAACGACAUCAAAAUAACCUCACCGGAGGCUAGCCCUAACACGGACGGUGUUCACAUCACAUCUUCCUCCGCCGUUUCGAUUACUCAUUCCGAUAUCGCUACAGGUGAUGAUUGUGUGUCGGUCGGAGAUCAAGUGAAUAAUGUGAAUGUUACCUUUGUGAACUGUGGACCUGGUCAUGGUGUGAGUAUUGGGAGUUUAGGUCGAGGUGGAACAGAGGUAGCAGUGGAAAACAUACGUGUGUGGCACGUUAACUUUACAAGGACAACAAACGGAGCUCGAAUCAAGACAUGGCCUGGAGCUACUGGUCACGUCCGAGGAAUCGAAUUCUUCGACAUUCAUUUCUCGUCAGUACAAAACCCUAUCAUCAUUGAUCAGUUCUACGGUUGUACUACCCCUAAAUGCACGCACACUAGAAAGGCAGUACACAUAGAGAAAGUGAGAUACAUGAAGAUGAGUGGAACAUCGGCGACAAAAGUGGCAGUGAAGCUUGAGUGUUCAGAGAAGAGUGUUUCAUGUUCCAACAUUUUCAUGAGAGACAUUGACUUAUCUCCAGCCAAUGGGAUUGAUUCUGUCUCUUCUCUCUGCAAUUUUGUUCAAGGCUUAGCACAAGGCAUUAUCCGACCUUCCUCUUGUCUCUAG